AUGUUUUAGUAAAUAGUAGUUUUUAGUUUCGAUUAUAAAAUUUGUUAGUUAAAAAAUUCUCUCCGAUUUGUAUAAGAUGUUCAGUACUAACCAUGAGGCCUCUAGUGAAUUUCCCUUCCUGGACAGAGUGCGCGAUUGGAGCAAGGAACACGAUAUCAUGUCCAUAGAUAUGACUCGCAUCAUAGCCCUGAUGCUGUUCUUCAUUAUCGUCUGCUAUACGAUCGUUUUGGUGGCACGUCUCUGCAUGACUAUUGCUCUGCCCUCCUUCGUUGUCCUGGUGAUCAUCUUCCUAUGCCGCUAUAUCCAUGAGAACAAGCUGGCCAAUGGCCUGGCCGCCAUCGCAGAGGCUUUCCUCAGUUUGGUGCAGAAGUGCUUCGAAGUUGUCAGCUGAGGCUGAUAAUCCAAUAUGAUUUGUAUGCGCUAGUUCUGAAAGCAAGGAAGGUUACGGUAGUUGAUUAUUAAUUAUUAAAUUGUAUUCUGUUCUGUUUGGGCAUUUGAAUAAACUUGGUUAAAUCGCA